CCCUGCAUCUUGUGUGGUGCUUUCCUGCACUCUCCAGCACUACAUCAUCUGUCAGCAAGAUGAAGUUUGAGAAUGUGCUUGCAGAGGUUAAUGGCUUUGGCAGAUUUCAGAUAAGGACACUUCUCUUGCUGGUCAUUCCUCGUGUGACUUUGCCAUUUCACUUCCUGCUUAAUAACUUCAUCACGGUGAUUCCUUCUCACCACUGCAACAUCAGUUCGUUAGACGAUGGAGAAAGAUUCAGGAGUUUAUCUCUUGAAGACAAGCUUGUUGCUAGCAUUCCUUUACAGAGUGAUGGGAGCCCGAGCUUCUGUCAGAUGUUUGCAGAGCCUCAGUACCACCUGCUGUAUAACUCUACCAACACCACAGAUCUACCUACGAUUCCAUGCCAGAACGGUUGGGUUUAUGACAACAGCAUCUUUAAAUCGACUCUCGCCACUGAGUGGGACCUGGUUUGUGAUAAGAGAAGUGUGAACAGAGCUACAGCCACCAUCUUCUUCAUGGGGGUUAUGGUUGGAGCAGCAGCUUUUGGCUAUCUUAGUGACAGGUUUGGACGGAAAAGAACACUUCUGGUGUCCUACAUAAUAACCACCAUCUUUGGUUUUGCAAGUGCUUUCUCUUAUAAUUUUGCCAUGUUUGCUGCCAUGAGAUUUUUCACCGGAUUUGGGAUUUCUGGAGUCAGUAUAGUCUCCAUUGUUCUAUGUGUAGAAUGGGUCGGAAUCAAGCAUCGUACCUCGGUGGGAGUCUUAAUGAGUUUGGACUGGAGUUUUUCAACGAUUCUGUUGCCCGGUGUGGCCUACUUUGUGAACGACUGGAGAUACCUGACUGCCACUGUGACCAGCCCACUGCUGCUGGCUAUGAUCACUUGGUGGUGGCUCCCAGAGUCUGCCAGAUGGUUGAUAAGUAAUGGAAAAGUGAAUAGUGCUCAUUUUUACCUGACUAAGUGUGCAAAAUCCAACCGCAGAGAGGAGUUCAUGGCUGACCUAAAGCCUGAGAUUCUCUCCAAAGUAAUACUUGUUGAGGAUGAAAACAGAAAAUACUCCUAUAUGGAUCUUGUGAAGACUCCCAGAAUGAGACGACUUGCUCUACUAACUGGCAUUGUUUGGUUUGGAGUGGCCUGCGUCUAUUAUGGAAUCAGCUUAAAUGUUCCUGGGUUUGGAGUGGACAUCUAUCUCACGCAAUUCAUCUAUGGCAUCACUGAAAUCCCAGCGAAAAUCUUCAUCGUUUUCUUUUUGAACAAAUUAGGCCGAAGAUUGACUCAAGCCGGAACACUUGCUCUCACAGGGCUGUGUUUGUUCUGCAACAUUUUCAUCCCUCAGGAUUUGUGGGCAGCAAGGACAGUUUUUGGAGCUUCAGGCAAGAUGUUUGCAGAAGCAGCUUUUACAACUGUGUUCCUAUACACAACAGAGCUUUAUCCAACUGUCUUGAGGCAAAACGGACUUGGUUUCAGCUCUUUCACUGCUCGCAUUGGUGUGUCUCUAUCACCCCUGGUGAUGAUUCUUGAGGACAUCUGGUCUUAUCUACCAAAUAUAAUUUUUACCUUGGUGGCUUGCGUUGCAUCUGUGUCAGCUUCUUUUCUUCCUGAGACACUAAACGUCCGUCUCCCGGAGACCAUCGAAGACAUUGAACAGACAAGAAGACGAUCAAUUCCGACAUCUGAUGAGAAAGCAGCUCCAAGACCCAUCGCACUGCAGAAAGACGCAACAAUGAAGUUUGAGAAUGUUCUUGCUGAUAUUAAUGGAUUUGGAAAAUUUCAGAUAAUGAUUAUUGCUAUCAACUUCCUGGGUCGCUUCACGCUUCCUUGCCACUUCAUGCUGAAUAAUUUUAUCGCAGCAAUACCAGCUCAUCACUGUGACCUCAGCUCGCUAGAUGACUUUCUGAAUUUAUCUCAGGCAGAAAGAAUUACUGUGAGUAUCCCAGUUGAGACAGACAGGAGUCCCAGCUCCUGUAGGAUGUUUGCAAAGCCUCAGUAUCACCUGCUGCUCAACUCUUCUGAUGUUACUGAUGCGUCCACUGUGCCAUGCCAGAAUGGAUGGGUGUACGACAACACAACCUUCAGAUCAACAAUAACCUCAGAGUGGGACCUUGUGUGUGACAGAAGAGGUAAAAACAAAGCAACAGCCACCAUCUUCUUUGUUGGAGUAAUGUUUGGAGCCAUAGCCUUUGGAAGUCUAAGUGACAGGUUUGGCCGCAGGAUCAUGCUCCUGGUGUCAUAUGUAUCUGGCAUGCUGUUUGCUAUAGCAAGCGCCUUUUCUACGACCUAUGUGAUGUUUGCAGUGUUGAGGUUCUUCACUGGGUUCUGCAUCACUGGCAUUGUCAUCGUCUCAUCCGCUCUCUGUGUGGAGUGGGUGGACAUUGAACACAGGAAACUGGUUGGAGUCAUUGAUAGUUUAUCCUGGACAUUUGGCAACACAGUAUUUGCAGCAAUUGCUUACUUUGUGACUGACUGGCGUUGGCUCACUCUAAGUGUUACAUCGCCUUUAAUCUUGGCCAUCAUCACUUGGAGGUGGAUGCCUGACUCAGCGAGGUGGCUCAUUGCCAAUGGAAAACUGGAGCAGGCUCAGAUAUACCUGAAGAAAUGUGCCAAAAUAAAUCAAAGAGAAGAUUUCAUUCACACACUAAAAGCAGAGACCUUAUCCACAAUUGUAGACAAGGGGGCAAGAGGACGAACUUAUACAUACCUCGACUUGAUUCGAACACCUAAGAUGAGGAAACUAUCUCUGCAAACUGGCUUCUUAUGGUUUUGUAUUGCUACGACAUUUUACGGCAUCAGCUUCAACAUCACGGGCUUUGGCUUGAAUAUUUACCUUACUCAAUUUACCUAUGCUGUAAUUGAGUUGCCAGCCAAACUAUCAGUUUACUAUUUGCUGGAUAAAAUCGGCAGGCGCAGCACUGAGGUGGGAGCUUUGUUGUUGUCUGCACUCUGCCUUGGAAUCAACAUUGUCAUGCCAAAAGAUAUGUCUGCGGCCAGAACAGUUGUUGCCAUUGUUGGCAAGGGGUUUUCUUCAGCUUCCUUUGGAACGGUUGUGCUGUACAGUUCAGAGCUGUAUCCAACUGUAGUUAGGCAAAAUGGAAUGGGCUACAACUCAUUUAUGGGUCGGUUUGGCGUUGCUGCGUCUCCUCUGAUCCUGUUACUAGAUGAGGUUUGGAAGGAACUUCCGCAGGUGGUCUUGUGCUCAACAGCUUUACUGGGAGGACUGGUGGCAAGGACUAUGGCAGAGACACGUAACAGGUGUCUGCCAGAGACAAUUGAAGACAUUGAAAGAAACGCAGUUUAACACUAAUCAGAAAGCGCAAAUAUUUUCAUGGAAAAUGCAAACUGAAUAUUGACAGCCUGAUUUGUGCAAAUUUGUCUGCAAUUGAAUGGUGAUGUUUUAUUUUGAAAAGUUGACACUUUCAGAUUAAAAGCAGGUUUUGCUUGGUAAUGCAAAUAAUGCCAACCAAUAAAGGAUCUUGAGUCUCAGUUCA